CCCCAAGAAAAAACUACUACAAAAAACGAAUAAAACCAGCCUGUUAUAGAGCUGUGAGUGAACCCAACUCUUCCAUUCCCACCUCUUAAAUCACAAAACACGCCUCCACUGCAACACAACUUCACCAAGCUCCAACCUUUUUCUCAUUCUCUCUUUCUCUUCUUCUUUUGGAAAAAAAAAAGAGAGAGAAAAAGAGAAGAGUAUCAUGAGUUCUAUUGUUCAAACGUUUCAAAAGCGAAGUACUUUCCUUCCGGUAUCACAAUCGGCGGACCCAAAAGAGCAAGGCCAGAUCCGGCGAAGGCUGUCAUCUCUAUCGCUCAACAUCAAGCCCUCCAUUUCAUCGUCCGAAGCUGCUUCAUGGGCCAUGCGCAGAACCAAGUCAGUGUCUUCCAUGGGAGAAUACGCAGGUAGCUCGAUAAAGAAAUGGUGGGACUGGGCUUGGGCCUGGGCCCUAUCCAGAAAGCCCACCUUCGCUAGCGAUCUGGAGAUGAACGAGGAAGAGACCAAGCUACUUGGCUCCCAUAACAGAGGAAGCUUGAGACAUGUUUUCUAUAAGGUCAGGUCUGAGGUGAGAAAGCUUUUGGGGUCAGAACGUGUGGGUUUGCCUCAAACUUGCAGGUACGAUUCCGUCAGUUACACCAAGAAUUUCGAUGAAGGGAGGAGAACCCAGUUGUAAUUUGAUCAAAUGAAGAAUACCCAGAUCGAGAAUUUGAAUGAAUGAAAGUUGUAAUAAUGUUUUGAUGAGAUUCAGAUCAAAAAUUGAAUUUUUUUGUAAUUUUUUUAUUAUAUUUUUCUUUCUCUUAUGAUUAUUAUUAUUAUUGUUUUUGUUAAUGUAACUAGCUAGAUUGUUACUGUAUGUUAUGUGGGAUUGUUUGACUACUACUCAAGAUCUAUUAUCCCUUACUCUUUCGAAAUUUUCACCAUGUAAAUUUCAAGCCAUGGAAGGAGGAGGGAAGGCACUUCUGCAUUUAUAAGUAUAUAUAUUUAUAUAAUUGUAUUAUUAUUUUUUCUUGCAAAUAAUUUAUUGCUUCAUUGUAAAAAUUCCACCUUAUUGUACUACUCAUCUUAAUGUAAUAUAAAUCAAUUUAUUAGCUGU